AGUCUCACAUCAUCAGGAGCCAUAACCUAGCUCUGUAUAGGCUUGGUAUCCCCCAUUCAAGUUCACUUGCACCAUGACAAUCCGCAUUGCCGUCUUCAAGUGUGGAACACUUGAUCACCGCACGAUCCUAGGGAGCUUCUUGACGAAGACUGCGCCUGAUGGACUCGUGAAUCCUUUCGAGCUAGAUCUUUUCAAUGUGUACGAAGACGAGUACCCUGCCAACAUCGACGACUACAAUGUUGUCUGGCUGACGGGUUCCAGCAGCAACGUCCCUGACCCGGAACCGUGGAUAUUGAAGUUAGGUAGACUUGUGCACGACAUCGCGGAGAACCACACCAAAAUCAAGCUCGUUGGUAUUUGUUUUGGACAUCAACUGAUCUCCCAUGCGGUCUUCGGUUCAAAAGUGGACGUCAAUCCCAAGGGUUUGGAGAUAGGCCCUUAUGACGUCUUCUUGAACGCUGUUGGCCAGGCAUAUUUCGAACCCGAAGUAGACAAGCUGUGGCUAGAGAUGUGGCACGCAUAUAUGGUUUUCUCGCCGACGUUGAUUAGCAAGCUGCGUGGCAUAGCUGACGCAGGAAACCGGACCAGAAACUUCCUGGUGUACAAGUGGGGCUCUUCAGAGCUGACCCCGAACCAAGGAUCGGUUUCGCGCGGGAUAUCUGACUUCAGCAGGUCUCCGACCACAUCAGCAGAAGAGAUCGUGCUGGACCGUGACCUUAUUUACGCGGAAACUCGCAUCUUCACUUCGCAGGGUCAUCCCGAGUAUACCAAGGAUUUGAUAGCAGAGUUCAUCGACGAGUCUGAGCAGAGCGGUGAUAUUACGAAGGAGCAGGCAGAUGACGCACGGCGAAGGAAUGAACUGAACAAAGUUCUGGAUGAGCAGAAGAUGGGGGAGGUGAUCUGGAAGGUCAUGCUGACGCCGCUUAAAAUCUGAUGUCUGCCCAGAGGAGCAUAUACUUGUAUAGCAGCAGCAAGCUUUCCCGAUAUCAGCUUGCCGCGCACUGCAUUCACC